CUUUAUAUGAUACUCAACCUCAUUAUAAAAUAGAAGUAUCAAAAACUAGAUUUAGAUUUGAUGAUGAAGCAGAAUUUGCCCUAAUACCUAAUGCUGGUGUUGGAAUAUCUUAUUUAGACAAAGUAGCAAAUAUUAUCAAUACGAAGCUAAUUUAUUAUGAAACUUUUGAAAACUAUGAAGAAGAAGUUUUCAUGAUGGCUAUUGAUAAUGAAUCUCCUGCAAACUCUCUAACUCUAAUGAACCCUAAUCAUUACCAAGACAUGAUAACAACGCUUGAACUAAUCUUAUAUAAAAAUUAUA